GUCUCCUUGACAAUGUCCUCGACGGUGAAGACAAUAUCUGGGACUUAAUCGUCACUCUGUCAACAUCCAGGAAUGUCUUCUAAAUUCUCUCAUCGUUCUGAUAUUGUAGCUUUCCAGAACUGUUUAUCUCUUCCAAACUAUUUGUACAGAUUUGUAGGCUUGUCAGCAUGACCCGAUGGAAGCAUACCUCGGCCUAACUGCCAAAAAUGUUGAGAUCAGAGUAGGAAUCGGUGACAUAUUCUCAAGGCACCGACAUUCUGUAGCCCAAUCGUGAUGCUCACUCUUGAGCUCGGACUCAAUUCCAAAAUAUUCGGCCCAAAUGAUUCGGCAUAUUAUGUCAUCCAGAUAUAUGACAAAAAUCGGAAAACAGUAUCAUCAGCAUUUCUGAACAGCGACUUCUACGGCCUACAGGCCCUGUGGAUCAAACAUAAUGACGGAGGUCGAGAACUGUGGCGGAAAGAAGAAUCGCUGGUCAUGUGAAGCAACAUUCUUCGCGGGACUUUGACGUCUGCAGUAAAGUUUCCCUCUUGAAUUCCAUAUUUCUCUGUGGAUAUGGCGACGCCCUUUUACGUCAAGGCUGCUGCUGCUGCUGCGGCUGGGCACGGACUUCGAAGAGUCACUACAAAUUUUCGAGCAGCUGGAAAGCUCGGAUGGCGAGAGUUGCCAGCCAGCGGGCCCUCCGUUCCGUGAUCGAAGAACAUCGGACCGAGAAAUCGGAGGUGGAGCAGAAUUGCCUCAGGCGGAGGAAGCGGAGCAGGGAAGUUGGCUGGACUGCGAGCUGAAAUGUCUGAACUGUUGUCACAAUCGAUCGACUCGGGCGUGGACCCCGCGGGGCCUGGGGCCAGGCCAGCGAAUUCGUCCAGCGCUUGAGACAGCGCUCGGGGCCAUGAGAGCUCGGUGGAGGUCGGACCUCGAUGUGCAGACGGUGGCUGAUCGAGGCGUGCGGGAACAAGGCGGAGAAUCAAUCUCCCGAGGCCGAGGGAUUCUCGGCUUGUGUCUGGGUCAACAGAAGUGCUGGUCGCUCUGAGAAUCCAUGCCAAAGACGGAUAGAGCGAGAGAAGAAGUGUCGAAGGAACAUAGAGGAUGCAUCGAGUAGAUCGACGGGAAUCGAUGCGAGCGAGCGAGGGCCGUGAGCUCUGGCGCAGGCGUUUCCGGGAAAGGAAGGGCAACGCAAUGUCGCGGACGGGGUGGCGCGAGGGCAGAGCCUCACGGACCGUGAGCCCGUCGUCGCGCGGCCGUGCUGCGCCAGUGAGAGCACUGCUGCACUGCUCGGCGAGGGUCCGGGAUCGAGACCGCCAAGAACCAUGGCGACAUGGCAUCGCAGGUCCAGCAGCUGCUGCUGGCGAAGCUUUAAAACGACCGGAGUUGCUCGAGCUCCCCACCUCCUCUCUUUCUCUCUCUCGUCUCCUCUGUGGGAGUGCCAUGAGGUUGCUUCUUCCUGCGUGAUUGCAUGGAGCUCCUCAGUCGGCCUUGAUUCGCCUUCUCGAAAAAAAUUCGGAAGCAUGCUUGAAACACACGAAGUGAUUUGUCUGGUCUUUUACAUUCUUCAAAAUUAAAGCGCUACCGUAGAGGAAAUUUGACGAACUUAAAGAGGAGGGUUCGCAGCGAUGGAGGGGAAGGACAACGAACUGGGCCGUUUCCAGUCACUUAUCGAUGAAACGGUGGACUUGGAACGCGUUCCAAUUGAGGAAGUCUUCACUCAGCUGCGAUGUUCACCAGAGGGUCUUACCACCGCCGAAGGGGAGGCUCGCAUUCAGAUCUUCGGUUACAACAAGCUCGAAGAAAAAUCGGAGAGCAAAAUUUUGAAAUUCUUGGGUUUCAUGUGGAACCCUUUAUCAUGGGUGAUGGAGGCUGCUGCUAUUAUGGCUAUUGCGCUGGCAAAUGGAGGCGGCAAGCCUCCAGACUGGCAGGACUUCAUCGGUAUCUUGACGCUGCUUGUUAUCAACUCCACUAUAAGUUUCAUCGAGGAGAACAACGCAGGAAACGCUGCUGCUUCACUGAUGGCUCGGCUGGCACCCAAGACUAAGGUGCUCCGAGAUGGGAAGUGGUCUGAACAGGACGCUGUCAUUCUUGUGCCGGGAGACAUUAUCAGCAUCAAAUUGGGCGACAUCGUCCCUGCAGAUGCACGUCUUCUCGAAGGAGACCCUUUAAAAAUUGAUCAAUCUGCUCUUACGGGAGAAUCUCUCCCUGUUACGAAAAAGCCAGGAGACGAGGUCUACUCGGGAUCUACUUGCAAGCAAGGAGAACUCGAGGCUGUUGUUAUUGCAACUGGUGUUCACAGCUUCUUCGGUAAAGCUGCUCAUCUUGUCGACAGCACACAUCAAGUUGGUCAUUUCCAAAAGGUGCUUACGGCUAUUGGAAAUUUCUGCAUUGUCUCAAUCGCCAUUGGGCUUGUGGUGGAGAUUAUAGUUAUGUUCCCAAUACAGCGUAGAAAAUACCGAGAAGGUAUUGAUAAUCUUCUGGUGCUGCUCAUUGGUGGUAUUCCCAUCGCUAUGCCGACUGUGCUGUCUGUCACCAUGGCAAUUGGAUCACACCGCUUGGCUCAACAGGGUGCAAUCACCAAGCGAAUGACUGCGAUAGAAGAAAUGGCAGGCAUGGAUGUUCUCUGCAGCGAUAAAACUGGCACUUUGACUCUGAACAAGCUGACGGUGGAUAAAAAUCUUAUCGAGUGCUUUACGAAAGGCGUGGACAAAGACGACGUCGUGUUGUCAGCAGCCAGAGCUGCCAGGACUGAAAAUCAAGAUGCGAUUGAUACCGCUAUUGUUGGAAUGCUGGCUGACCCCAAAGAGGCUCGCGCGGGUAUCAAAGAAAUCCAUUUUCUUCCAUUCAACCCUGUUGACAAACGCACGGCGAUCACUUAUAUCGAUGAAAGCGACGGAACGUGGCACCGCGCCAGCAAAGGGGCUCCCGAGGAAAUUCUGCAUAUGGCCCAUAACUCGGAGCAAAUCUCUUCGAGAGUCCAUGCAGUCAUCGACAAGUUCGCUGAGCGAGGGCUUCGAUCACUGGCUGUUGCAAGACAGGAAGUGCCAGAAAAAUCGAAGGAGAGUCCAGGAGGCCCUUGGGAAUUUCUUGGAGUUCUUCCACUCUUUGAUCCCCCUCGUCACGACAGUGCUGAGACCAUUCGUCAAGCUCUGAAUUUAGGAGUAAAUGUGAAAAUGAUUACAGGCGACCAGCUUGCUAUUGCCAAGGAGACUGGCCGACGUCUAGGAAUGGGAGUAAACAUGUAUCCAUCGUCAGCUCUAUUAGGACAGCACAAAGAUGACUCUAUGGCUGUCCUUCCCAUUGACGAACUCAUUGAGAACGCUGAUGGAUUCGCCGGAGUCUUUCCUGAACACAAGUAUGAGAUUGUAAAAAGGUUGCAAGAAAAGAAACACAUUUGCGGUAUGACUGGAGAUGGUGUGAACGAUGCACCUGCCUUAAAAAAAGCAGAUAUUGGUAUCGCCGUUGCGGAUGCAACGGAUGCGGCUAGAAGUGCUUCAGAUAUAGUUCUCACUGAACCUGGACUGAGCGUCAUCAUCAGUGCAGUUCUUACAAGCCGUGCCAUUUUCCAAAGGAUGAAGAAUUACACCAUAUACGCAGUAUCGAUCACCAUUCGUAUCGUGCUUGGCUUUUUGCUGAUGUGCUUGAUAUGGAGAUUCAACUUCUCUCCGUUCAUGGUUCUGAUCAUAGCUAUCCUGAACGACGGAACAAUCAUGACAAUCUCAAAGGAUCGUGUUAAGCCUUCUCCACUUCCUGAUAGUUGGAAACUGCAAGAAAUUUUUGCACAGGGAGUGGUCAUAGGCACGUAUCUUGCUUUGAUGACCGUGCUCUUCUUCUGGGCUGCCGACAAGACUGACUUUUUUCAGAGGAAAUUCCACGUGGAAAGCAUACAAAAUAACCAUGAGAAGCUCACAGCAGCUGUAUAUCUUCAAGUCAGCAUUAUCAGUCAGGCUUUGAUCUUUGUAACGAGGUCGAUGAGCUGGUCUUUUAUGGAAAGACCUGGUGUACUCCUCAUGGGAGCAUUCUUGAUAGCUCAAAUGGUGGCCACUUUCAUAUCCGUGUAUGCAAAUUGGAGUUUUGCUCACAUCAAGGGCAUUGGCUGGAGAUGGGCUGGAGUAAUUUGGCUUUACUCCUUCGUCACAUACUUCCCCCUUGACAUUAUCAAAUUCGCAAUUCGAUAUAUUCUUAGUGGACGGGCAUGGUAUCUGAUGCUUGAGCGUAAGACUGCCUUCACCCGGAAGAAGAACUUUGGAAGAGAGGAUCGAGAAGCCCAAUGGGCACGGCAGCAACGAACCCUUCACGGUUUGAGUCCACCUGGAACACAGUCAGGAGCUUCUGCUGAUAAGGGGGGCCAACCGGAUUUAGCUGGAGAGGCCAUGCGACGUGCAGACAUGGCGAGGUUGAGAGAGACGAAUGCUUUGAAGGGGCAUGUGGAGUCUGUUCUGAAGUUCAAAGGCCUGGAUAAGUAUGACAUCAUUAAGGCACAGACUGUGCCUUAAGCCCGAAAUGCCAUGCUUCCAACAAGCCACUUAACAUUCAGAAGGAAAAAGCUUCUGUCGCUUGGGGAAUCGAGAUCGAUGCUUACAGCACAUCAAGUUGGCGAUCCAUAGGUAGGCAACGGCGAUGAGAAAGAGACUCCAUUCAACCUACGGAUUUUUCCCAAGGUAAAUAAUCCAAUCACCUUCUGUCCAUAGGUACAAAAAAUCACACGGUCUUGUUUAGGAUACACAAGGGAGAGACCUUAGCAAAAACAAUGCGCGGAUAGAGAUACGCAGGAGCUUAGAAGCUCAGAGCAUCAAAUUGGAAAACCAAAAGUUUUGUAGUCAUGUUUCAUCGUUGAGGAAUACAAAUCCGAGAAAUAAGGACGAGAUCAUAACACACCGAUGGUGGAAGGAGAUUUGGAAAGCGCAGGAGCUUAGAAGCUCCAGAGAGGCAUCAAAUUGGAAAACAAAAGUUUUGUAGCAGGUUUCAUCCUUGGAGACAAAUUCGAGAAAUAACGACGGGAGCACAACACAAUGGUGGAAGGAGAUUUGGAAACAUAUGGUCAGCUACUUAUAUGAGGACUCCUCUAGACGUCCGAGCAUUUACUUAAAGUACGUAUCUAGUCGCACCCGUAUUCAUCAUAAGAGAUAGAAGCGUAUUGCAUUGGUGGAUACCAAUGUGUCUCGAUGUGAUGUCUACAAGUUCCUUCGUGAACACGAAACGUUUUUACCACAAUUUGAGUCAUCGGUCUGUGUUUUGAUUGAUAGCUCAAAAUUUUGUAUCUGACAAUGUUUUCAAAUCAUUUGGUUAUUUAU